AUGCACGCCCUGUUUGCCCUCGCCGCGCUUCACAAGGCUCAGUUCCGAUUCGAGGAAAGGGAACACUACAUGUCUAUAGCGAUGCGACAUCAUCACCACGCGUCCAAAUCAGCCAGGAUACUUCUCGAUAAUAUCACGCCCGAGAACGGCAACGCCUUGUUUCUGUUCUCCAUCUUCACCUGCAUCGUUGUGCUGAAUCUACCCGAGCCGCCGUCAGAAGCCGACUCGUCAGAGAACCCAUGUUUCUUCCGCCAGUGGUACUGGACAAUGCACGGAAUCCGCUCCAUCACAGACUUCUUGGGCUCCGCCAUUCAGCGAGGCUACCUCGCGCCCCUGACGACGUAUUUUGGGGCCCGCUGGUCCCUGCAAGAUUCUGGUCUUCUCCUCGCCACAACGCUGCCCACCGUGUCCAUCGUUGACAUGCUAGACGAGCUUCAACAACGUCUUUACGACACCGUCCUAGACCCUGAAGAACUGGGCUCCUACACUUCAUUCCUCGACCGCCUUCGAGAGGCUGCUGGGACCAUGUCGUCGUGGCAGGAGUUUGACGUUUUUGUGUGGCUGUUUCGGUCUCUUGACGAGUUCGCGCUGCUGCUGCAACUGCCGACGCAAGAGACAAUGGUUCUGUGGGCACAUGUAGCCGUUGUUGUCAAGGCCUUUGAGGGGCAGUGGUGGCUGAAGGGUUGGGCGGAUAACAUCAUGUCUCUAGUCUAUCAGCGGCUAGACUGGGAGCACACAACAUGGGUGUACAGGGCCGCGGUAGAGAUGAACUGGAUCAUGCCUGAAGAGGAAGUCAUUGAUCCGCAGCUUUUGUAA